UAAGCCAAGAAUUCAUUAGACAUUCCACUUUCACGCUGAUUUUUUUUUCUUCUGGCUAAUUAUUUUGCCCUCUCCAGUUUAAAACCUUGCUGCUGUGAUGUGGUAUUUGGUAAUCUUUGGUUUUCUGUCAUGUUUGGUUCCAACCUAUCAGCAGUUCCCCCGUCUGUGCGCAACUCAAGAAGCCCUGCGGAGCAAGGAGUGCUGCCCGCUGUGGGAGGGCGACGGCUCGGCCUGUGGGGCCAGAUCGGGAAGGGGCUCCUGUGAGGACGUGGAGGUCUCGGAUCAGCCCGAUGGCCCGCAGUACCCCUUCUCUGGGUUGGACGAUCGGGAGAAGUGGCCCCUGGUUUUCUACAAUCGGACUUGUCAGUGCGCAGGAAACUUUAUGGGUUUCAACUGUGCGGACUGUAAGUUCGGCUAUUUUGGGGGAAACUGUGACGAGAGAAGGGAGUCUCUCAGGAGGAACAUAUUUCACCUGACCAGGACCGAGAGAAACACACUAGUUUCAUACCUGAACUUGGCCAAGCAGACAAUCAGCAGGGACUAUGUUGUGGUCACAGGGACGUACAGAGAGAUGGAAAACGCCUCCAACCCGAUGUUUGCUGAUGUGUCUGUGUAUGAUAUUUUUGUAUGGAUGCAUUAUUAUGUGUCCCGGAAUGCGUUGUUAGGUGGACCGGGGAAUGUGUGGACCGACGUGGACUUUGCCCACUGGGCCCCUGCUUUUCUCCCGUGGCACCGCGUGUACUUGUUACACUGGGAACAUGAGAUCAGGAAGCUGACGGGAGACUCGACUUUCUCCAUACCGUACUGGGACUGGAGGGAUGCCCAGGAAUGCGACGUGUGCACGGACGACCUGAUGGGGGACAGGAGCGCCCAGGAUCCAAAUCUCAUCAGCCCGAGCUCAGUCUUCUCCUCUUGGAAGGUGCUGUGCUCCCAGGCUCAGGACUACAAUAACAGAGGGGUGUUAUGUGAUGCCAGCCAAGAAGGCCCUGUGCGCCGUAACCCUGGAAACCACAAUCGUAAUUUGGUAGAACGAUUACCAACCUCUGCAGAGGUGGAGUUCACGCUCAGUCUCCCCAACUAUGACAGUGGGGCAAUGGACCGCACUGCCGACAUGAGCUUCAGGAACACUCUGGAAGGAUUCGGAGACCCUCAGACCGGGUUGGGCAACAGUCCUCGUUUGGGUAUGCAUGCUGCUCUACAUGUGUUCAUGAAUGGAUCCAUGUCCUCAGUGCAGGGCUCAGCAAAUGAUCCCAUUUUUCUUCUUCACCAUGCUUUUGUUGACAGUAUUUAUGAGCAGUGGCUCAGAAGGCAUCAGCCAUCUCCAUCCCAGUAUCCAGGUUCUAAUGCUCCUAUAGGGCACAAUGGCGAUUACCACAUGGUGCCAUUUCUGCCCCUCCACAGAAAUAGAGAGUACUUUAUUUCCAGCAAAGACCUUGGAUAUGAGUACUCUUACUUGCUAGAUGCAAACCAGAGGCUUGCAGAAUCCAUGCGUCCCUUUCUGGAGGAGCUGCGGGAUGUGUGGUCCUGGCUGCUUCUUGCAGCCGUCUGUGGAGGAAUUGUGGCAAUAAUCAUAGCUGCUGCCGUCCAAACUGCAAAAAAGCGAUGCAGAGGCUUGUCUUGGCCACAAAGGAAAAAGGAGGGUAAUGAACUGUCUCUUCCAGAAAGGCAGCCACUUAUUGGGAACAAUGAAAAAGAAGAAGCCAGCCACCGUAACUACCAAUCAGCUAUAUGAGAGCACAGCCCGAGUAGCAAUAUAUGAGCUGAAUUUCUACAGAACACCACUGUGAAUUAUACAUUGUUGAUUGUCAUGAGUCUAUAUGUUAAUAUCAGCAUAUCUAAAAUGCUUAAAAGAAAUAGAAACAGAAAAAAAAGUUCAUGCAGAAAAUGUGGAAAUGGAUUAUGGUGCAUUUAAUUUUAAACAUGUUCCUGCCACAACUUGUAACCUGUUAAAUUCUGCCCAUCAGAUGAUGCAAGCCAUCAUUUCAGGAAGGGUAAGAAGUCCAGUCCAGUACAUGGCUCCAAGUCUGGAACCCUAAUUGCAUCAGGACUCCAAUAUUUUAAAUACAGGAUUAUGACAUCUGUACAAAUAUCUGCAAUCCUCAAAGUUGAUGGUGCUUAGAAUCUUCACUUACAAGGCCACACAUUUAAAUUCAUGAAGCAUUUAAUAUCACAAGAAUUCAAUGUGUCGAGCAAGUUUUCAAACUCAUAAUAAUCUUUGACAAACAGUGAACCCCAAUUUUACAAUUUAAACACAAAAGUUUUUUUUUUCCUUUAAUUAAUGAGAUCAACUGGACCCUUAAUUUCUCCUUCUGCCAUUGUCCAAGUCAAAUAAAUGUCAUACAUUCUCAACCCUAGACACAUGCUGUCUAGUGUAUCAUUUCAAUAAUACAGUACUUUGCUCAAAAUACUUAGUAUUCAGUGGGCAUUCUCAAAUAUUACAGUACAUUCUCAGUGAAACGCUAUGAUGUUUUGACAAGAAAUAAAGACAUAACUACAGUAUCUGAAAGUGGAUUUGUUCAAGUCCAUGUUGAAUAUGAGGAAUGAUGUAAAAACACGUUUGAAGCUACUGAUUUUAUCUGUAAUAAAAGGUGGAACAGCUGGA